UCAGCUUCUGUCCAGGGUCCCUGGGAGAGAGCCAUCUCGCCAAACAAAGUGCCCUACUAUAUCAACCACGAGACCCAAACAACAUGCUGGGACCAUCCCAAAAUGACAGAGCUCUACCAGUCUUUAGCUGACCUGAAUAAUGUCAGGUUCUCAGCUUAUAGGACUGCCAUGAAACUCCGAAGACUGCAGAAGGCUCUUUGCUUGGAUCUCUUGAGCCUGUCAGCCGCAUGUGAUGCCUUGGAUCUGCACAACAUCAAGCAAAAUGACCAGCCUAUGGACAUUCUGCAGAUCAUUAAUUGUUUGACCACUAUUUAUGACCUCUUGGAGCAAGAGCACAACAAUCUAGUCAAUGUCCCUCUCUGCGUGGAUAUGUGUCUCAAUUGGCUGCUAAAUGUUUAUGACACGGGACGAACAGGGAGGAUCCGGGUCCUGUCUUUUAAAACAGGCAUCAUUUCUCUGUGUAAAGCACACUUGGAAGACAAGUACAGAUACCUUUUCAAGCAAGUGGCAAGUUCAACAGGAUUUUGUGACCAGCGCAGGCUGGGCCUCCUUCUGCAUGAUUCCAUCCAAAUCCCAAGACAGUUGGGUGAAGUUGCAUCCUUUGGGGGCAGUAACAUUGAGCCGAGUGUCAGAAGCUGCUUCCAAUUUGCCAAUAAUAAGCCUGAGAUUGAAGCAGCCCUCUUCCUAGACUGGAUGAGGCUGGAACCCCAGUCCAUGGUGUGGCUGCCAGUCCUGCACAGAGUGGCUGCUGUGGAAACCGCCAAGCAUCAGGCCAAGUGUAACAUCUGCAAGGAAUGCCCAAUCAUUGGAUUCAGGUACAGGAGUCUGAAACACUUUAAUUAUGACAUCUGCCAAAGUUGCUUUUUUUCUGGUCGAGUUGCAAAAGGCCAUAAAAUGCACUACCCCAUGGUGGAAUAUUGCACUCCGACGACAUCAGGAGAAGAUGUUCGUGAUUUUGCCAAGGUACUAAAAAACAAAUUUCGAACCAAAAGGUAUUUUGCGAAGCAUCCCCGAAUGGGCUACCUGCCAGUGCAGACUGUCUUAGAGGGGGACAACAUGGAAACUCCUGUUACUCUGAUCAACUUCUGGCCGGUAGAUUCUGCGCCUGCCUCGUCCCCUCAACUUUCACACGAUGAUACUCAUUCACGCAUUGAACAUUAUGCUAGCAGGCUAGCAGAAAUGGAAAACAGCAAUGGAUCUUAUCUAAAUGAUAGCAUCUCUCCUAAUGAGAGCAUAGAUGAUGAACAUUUGUUAAUCCAGCAUUACUGCCAAAGUUUGAACCAGGACUCCCCCCUGAGCCAGCCUCGUAGUCCUGCCCAGAUCUUGAUUUCCUUAGAGAGUGAGGAAAGAGGGGAGCUAGAGAGAAUCCUAGCAGAUCUUGAAGAAGAAAACAGGAAUCUGCAAGCAGAAUAUGAUCGUCUGAAGCAGCAGCAUGAAUACAAAGGCCUGUCCCCACUGCUGUCUCCUCCUGAAAUGAUGCCCACCUCUCCUCAGAGUCAGGAUGCUGAGCUCAUUGCUGAGGCCAAGCUACUUCGUCAACACAAAGGCCGCCUGGAAGCCAGGAUGCAAAUCCUGGAAGACCACAAUAAACAGCUGGAGUCCCAGCUGCAUAGGCUAAGGCAGCUGCUGGAGCAACCCCAAGCAGAGGCCAAGGUGAAUGGAACAACUGUGUCCUCGCCUUCUACCUCUCUUCAGAGGUCAGACAGCAGUCAGCCUAUGCUGCUCCGGGUGGUUGGCAGUCAAACUUCAGAAUCCAUGGGUGAGGAAGAUCUUCUGAGUCCUCCCCAGGACACAAGCACAGGGUUAGAGGAAGUGAUGGAGCAACUCAACAAUUCCUUCCCUAGUUCAAGAGGACACAAUGUAGGAAGCCUUUUCCACUUGGCAGAUGAUUUGGGCCGAGCGAUGGAGUCCUUAGUUUCAGUCAUGACAGAUGAAGAAGGGGCAGAAUAAAUGUUUUACAACUCCUGAUUCCCGCAUGGUUUUUAUAAUAUUCAUACAACAAAGAGGAUUAGACAGUAAGAGUUUACAAGAAAAAAAAUCUAUAUUUUUGUGAAGGGUAGUGGUACUAUACUGUAGAUUUCAGUAGUUUCUAAGUCUGUUAUUGUUUUGUUAACAAUGGCAGGUUUUACACGUCUAUGCAAUUGUACAAAAAAAAGUUAUAAGAAAACUACAUGUAAAAUCUUGAUAGUUCAAUAACUUGCCAUUUCUUUAUAUGGAACGCAUUUUGGGUUGUUUAAAAAUUUAUAACAGUUAUACAGAAAGAUUGUAAACUAAAGUGUGCUUUAUUUAAAAAAAAAAGUUGUUUAUAAAAACCCCUAAAAACAAACACACGGGCGCGCACACACACACACACACACACACACACACACACACAAACUUUGAGGCAGUGCAUUGUUUUGCUUCCUUUUAGUGUGAUAUCCAUAUGAAAUUCAUGGCUUUUUUUUUCUUCUUGCAUAUUGAGAUAAGAUGACUUCUGACACUACCAAAUGACUGCUUCACAUUGCUCUCUUGAGAGUUGUUGACUGAGUGGAACGGGCUGUGGGUUUCCGUUGUCCACAUCUAUAUGUCUAUAAGUAUGCAGAUACUAUAGGUAUAUAGAUAAAUAGAUAGGAAUUUCUAGUGACCUUUUAAAUUUCUUGUUCAAAUGUUCCUGCCACUUGCUAAUGGCGAGAAAUUGCUUCUGGUCAUUCGGCUUACCUGCUCGGUGGAGAGUGGCUUUCCUGGAGCCUGCAGGCAGAAGGAAACGAACACAUUAAAACAUUGUCGGGGGCUCCAGAUGUUUCUCAUUUGGAACUUUCCACUGACAACUAGAGUAUUGCAUUUUCUUUUUUUGAUAAAGGAACAUGUGAAUGAGUACACAGGACUUACUAUGUCAGAAUAAUGCAUUGGUUGAUGUAUACAGCUUCCUGCUGUUGGCAAUGCCACUAUUUAGACUUCAUGGUGCUUCAGUGGAAGUCAGAGCAUCAGAAGGCGUUUUAAAUUCCCAGAGACGAGGAGGACUCUGGGUUCUCAGCUGAUCCCUCUGAGGGAGUAGGCAGGCCACUCUUGAAGUAAAGGAUUGGAUGAAUCUUCAUAACCAUACAUAGAGAUUUGUGUAAUUACAACUAAAUGAUUCUCUUCUGGCAAACAGCAGUGGGUGUUUUGGUUCUUUCCUUUUUUUUAAGCUUUUUUUUUUCUCAUUGCAGUGAGUUUUAAAUGCCAUAGGACUUAAUUUAAGAUAACCCUUGGAAAAAUGUAAGACAGUAGCCCCAUCACACUGUGACACUGUUAAAUAUCCACCCAGAAGUUCGUAAACUGUGCUUCUCUCCUUUGCAUUUCUCUAAAGUAAGUGGGGACGCGGAUAGAUUCAGAUGUUCCACAAGGUACUGCAAUCCCCUUUGGGUGGAUUAAGCAAGUUAAAUAUAUAAACAAGCAAACAUUGUUGAAAAAGAGGAGAAAAACUCAAGAGGACUAGCUGGUAGGAAAAAGCUUUACUCUUUCAUUUCAUCUUAUUAGUCUUUAAAAAAAUCAUUCAAUAGAAAGCACCAUGUGACCUAUUAUUUUGCAAAUCUGUUACCUCUUACAUCAAAUGUAAUUAACUUUUGGAGUGUGGGUUUUGUCCCUUAUUUUAUUAUGAUAAUUAACAUCAAACAUGGCUUCUCAUGCUAUUUCUACCUCACUUUGGUUUUGGGGUGUUCCUAAUAAUUGUGCACACCUGAUUUCACAGCUUCACCACUUGUCCAUUGUGUGAACAUUUUCCACCAUUUUCUUUCUUCCUUUAUAAUUUCCAAAAGAAAACCCAAAGCUCUAAGGUAACAAAUUACAUUAAUAUUUGGUUUUAGUCUUGCAUUUUUCCUUUACAUGACGCUGGACUUUUUCUUUAAGGAUUUAUUUUAACCACGAUUUAAAACAAGAGGUUACUUUACUUCCUACUAAGAAGUUUAAGUUUCAUUCUAAAAUCAAAGAUAGAGUGAGUGCAUAAUUUUGUUUUAAUCUUUUUGUUUUAUCUUUUAGACAUUAGUUCUGGAGUGAGUCUGGCAAAAUAUAUGAAUAAAAAUUGAGAGCUUUAUUGCUAUGUUUUAAGCAUAAUUUGGACAUUAUUUCGUGUUCUGUAUAACCACUGAGUGUUAAACUAAAUCAUAAUCAAUGUAACUGAAGCAUAAACAUCACAUGGCAUGUUAUGUCAUUGUUUUCAGGUACUGGGUUCUUACUUGAGUAUCAUAAUACAUUGUGUUUUAACAUCAACACUGUAACAUUUACUAAUUAUUUUUUUAAACUUCAGUUUUACUGCAUUUUCACAACAUAUCAGACUUCACCAAAUAUAUGCCUUACUAUUGUAUUAUAUUACUGCUUUACUGUGUAUCUCAAUAAAGCACGCAGUUAUGUUACAAAAAA